AUGGGGCCUACCAAAGUUCUUGGAAAAGUAGUAAAUGAUGUGUUUUGGAGAUGCAGACAAAGUAUCUUUGAUGAAAUGAAGAAGAAAUUUUUCCAGAUAGAAAAUGCUGCUGAAGAACCUCGAGUCUUAUGUAUAAUACAAGAUACUACUAAUUCAAAGACAGUGAAUGAGCGAAUCACUUUAAAUUUACCAGCUUCUACUCCAGUCAGAAAGCUCUUUGAAGAUGUAGCCAACAAAGUGGGCUACAUAAAUGGAACCUUUGAUUUGGUGUGGGGAAGUGGAAUAAGUACUGCUGAUAUGGUGCCACUGGAUCAUACCAGUGAUAAGUCUCUUCUUGACGCCAGUUUUGAGCCAGGAAAGAAGAACUUUCUGCAUUUGACAGAUAAAGAUGGUGAACAGCCUCAAAUACUGUUGGAGGAUUCCAGUGCUGUGGAUGACAAUACUCAUGACAGGUUUAUAGGUCCUCUUCCAAGAGAAGGUUCUGUGGGCUCUACCAGUGACUAUGUCAGCCAAAGCUACUCCUAUUCAUCGAUUUUGAAUAAGUCUGAAACUGGAUAUGUUGGCUUAGUAAAUCAAGCAAUGACUUGCUAUUUGAAUAGCCUUUUGCAAACGCUUUUUAUGACUCCUGAAUUUAGGAAUGCAUUAUAUAAGUGGGAAUUUGAAGAAUCUGAGGAAGAUCCAGUAACAAGUAUCCCAUACCAACUUCAAAGGCUUUUUGUUUUGUUACAAACCAGCAAAAAGAGAGCAAUUGAAACCACAGAUGUUACAAGGAGCUUUGGAUGGGAUAGUAGUGAGGCUUGGCAGCAGCAUGAUGUUCAAGAACUGUGUAGAGUCAUGUUUGAUGCUUUGGAACAGAAAUGGAAACAAACAGAACAGGCUGAUCUUAUAAAUGAACUGUAUCAAGGCAAGUUGAAGGACUACGUGAGAUGUCUGGAAUGUGGUUAUGAGGGCUGGAGAAUCGACACAUAUCUUGAUAUUCCACUGGUCAUCCGACCUUAUGGGUCCAGCCAAGCAUUUGCUAGUGUGGAAGAAGCAUUGCAUGCAUUUAUUCAGCCAGAGAUCCUGGAUGGUCCAAAUCAAUAUUUUUGUGAACGCUGUAAGAAGAAGUGUGAUGCCCGAAAGGGGCUUCGGUUUUUGCAUUUUCCUUAUCUACUGACCCUACAAUUGAAAAGAUUUGAUUUUGAUUAUACAACUAUGCAUAGGAUUAAAUUGAAUGAUCGGAUGACUUUUCCUGAGGAGCUAGACAUGAGUACAUUUAUUGAUGUUGAAGAUGAGAAAUCGCCCCAAACUGAAAGUUGUACAGACAGUGGUGCAGAAAAUGAAGGCAGUUGCCAUAGUGAUCAGCUAAGUAAUGACUUCUCCAAUGAUGAUGGUGUUGAUGAAGGAAUCUGCCUGGAAAGCAAUAGUGGAACUGAGAAAAUUUCAAAACCUGGUCUUGAAAAGAAUUCUCUGAUCUAUGAGCUCUUCUCUGUUAUGGUCCAUUCGGGGAGUGCAGCUGGUGGUCAUUACUAUGCUUGUAUAAAGUCAUUCAGUGAUGAGCAGUGGUACAGCUUCAAUGAUCAGCACGUCAGCAGGAUAACACAAGAGGACAUUAAGAAGACACAUGGUGGAUCUUCAGGAAGCAGAGGAUAUUAUUCCAGUGCUUUUGCAAGCUUUGAUGCAAGUUAUGAAUAUGUGGACUUCAUUAUGAUGGAUUUAGAAGAGAUCCUCCCCCUGGAUUGCUGUCGUCUUGUUAAAUAUGAUGAGUUUCAUGAUUAUUUAGAAAGAUCAUAUGAAGGGGAAGAAGAUACGCCAAUGGGACUUUUACUAGGUGGUGUGAAGUCAACAUAUAUGUUUGAUCUGCUGCUGGAGACAAGGAAACCUGAUCAAGUGUUCCAGUCUUAUAAACCUGGAGAAGUGAUGGUGAAAGUUCAUGUUGUUGAUCUAAAGGCAGAAUCUGUUGCUGCUCCUGUAACUGUUCGAGCUUACUUAAAUCAGACAAUUACAGAAUUCAAACAACUAAUUUCAAAGGCUGUUCAUCUACCUGCUGAAACAAUGAGAAUAGUGCUGGAACGCUGCUACAAUGAUUUGCGUCUUCUCAGUGUACCUAGUAAAACUCUGAAAGCUGAAGGUUUUUUCAGAAGUAACAAGGUAUUUGUUGAAAGUUCCGAGACUUUGGAUUACCAGAUGGCCUUUACAGACUCUCAUUUAUGGAAACUCUUGGAUCGACAUGCCAAUACAAUCAGAUUAUUUGUGUUGUUACCUGAACAAUCCCCAGGAUCUUAUUACAAAAGGACAGCAUACCAGAAAGCUGGGGGUGAUUCUGGUAAUGUAGAUGAUGAUUGUGAAGGAGUUAAAGGACCUGCUGGAAGCCUGAAGUCUGUGGAAGCUAUUUUAGAAGAAAGCACUGAAAAACUCAAAAGCUUGUCAUUACAGCAACAGCAGGAUGGAGAUAAUGGGGACAGCAGCAAGAGUACUGAAACUAGUGACUUUGAGAACAUCGAAUCACCUCUCAACGAGAGAGACUCUUCAGCAUCAGUGGAUAAUAGAGAACUGGAGCAGCAUAUUCAGACUUCUGAUCCAGAAAACUUUCAAUCUGAAGAACGCUCCGACUCAGAUGUAAAUAAUGACAGGAGUACCAGUUCAGUAGACAGUGAUAUUCUUAGCUCCAGUCACAGCAGUGAUACUUUGUGCAAUGCAGAUAAUGCUCAAAUCCCUUUGGCUAAUGGACUUGACUCUCAUAGUAUCACAAGCAGUAGAAGAACAAAAGCAAAUGAAGGGAAAAAAGAAACCUGGGAUACAGCAGAAGAAGACUCUGGAACUGAUAGUGAAUAUGAUGAGAGUGGCAAGAGUAGGGGAGAAACACAGUAUAUGUAUUUCAAAGCAGAACCGUAUGCGGCAGAUGAAGGUUCUGGGGAAGGACAUAAAUGGUUGAUGGUGCACGUUGAUAAAAGAAUUACCCUGGCCGCUUUCAAACAGCAUUUAGAGCCCUUUGUUGGAGUUUUGUCCUCUCACUUCAAGGUCUUCCGAGUCUAUGCCAGCAAUCAGGAGUUUGAGAGCGUCCGGCUGAAUGAGACACUUUCGUCAUUUUCAGAUGACAAUAAGAUCACAAUUAGACUGGGGAGAGCUCUUAAAAAAGGAGAAUACCGUGUAAAAGUGUACCAACUUUUAGUCAAUGAACAAGAGCCCUGCAAGUUUCUGCUAGAUGCUGUGUUUGCUAAAGGAAUGACUGUACGGCAAUCAAAAGAGGAAUUAAUUCCCCAACUCAGGGAGCAAAGUGGUUUAGAGCUCAGUAUUGACAGGUUUCGCUUAAGGAAAAAAACAUGGAAGAAUCCUGGCACUGUCUUUUUGGAUUAUCAUAUUUAUGAAGAAGAUAUUAAUAUUUCCAGCAACUGGGAGGUUUUCCUUGAAGUUCUUGAUGGGGUAGAGAAGAUGAAGUCCAUGUCACAGCUUGCAGUUUUGUCGAGGCGAUGGAGGCCUUCAGAGAUGAAGUUGGAUCUCUUCCAGGAAGUUGUGCUGGAAAGCAGUAGUGUUGAUGAAUUGCGAGAGAAGCUUAGUGAAAUCAGUGGGAUUCCCUUGGAAGCUAUUGAAUUUGCCAAGGGUCGAGGAACAUUUCCCUGCGAUAUUUCUGUUCUUGAUAUUCAUCAGGAUUUGGACUGGAAUCCUAAAGUUUCUACACUGAAUGUCUGGCCCCUUUAUAUCUGUGAUGAUGGUGCAGUCAUAUUUUAUAGAGAUAAAACAGAAGAAUUAAUGGAAUUGACAGAUGAACAAAGAAACGAACUGAUGAAAAAAGAAAGCAGUCGACUCCAGAAGACUGGACAUCGUGUAACGUACUCGCCUCGUAAAGAAAAAGCACUAAAAAUAUAUCUGGAUGGAGCACCAAAUAAAGAUCUGACUCAAGACUGACUCUGCUAGUGUAGCAUCUUCCCUGGGGGCUUUGGUUUUAAUUAGAUGGUUCACUACUACUGUGUAGUGCCAUUAUGGCUGGACUUGGUUAGGGGUAACCCAGCGACACCAGCACUGAUUGGACUGCCCUUCACCAAUCAGAAGGCCACUGUUUUGACUUGGAAUCAUGUUGUGCACUAUAGUCAAAUGUACUGUAAAGAGAAAAGGGAUGUGCAAAAAAAAAAAAAAAUUUUUUUUUUUCUUUUUUUUAAGCAAAACCUGCAACUAGCAAAGGGGAAUGGGAAUGAGUAAACUUCUUUUAUUGUGGACAAAUGUGCACCUAGCAGCUAGUCAAACUAGCCUCAAACAGGAUGCUCAUAGCUUAAUAAUAAAAGCUGUGCAAAGGCCAUGAAUGAAUGGAUUUUCUGUUUAUUUCACUGAUACACACAUUACCUCAUUGACAAUUCGUAAGUAAAUGCAACGUGUGUUGACUCUUGGAAAGCAGCAAAAUUGGGAGCUGAAGAAAGGAAUUCUCCAAACCAGCCGUAACCCAGUAAAGAAUUGUGAAAUUGUGUUUUCUAUUUUGUUUCACUUUUUUGCAGAGUAUUAAGAACAUUAUUCUCGAACAUCAAAAUAUUUCCCUUAGACCCCUCCCAGCAGGUGGCAGCUCAGAUUGCUGUAGUAUUGUAAUUAUAAUUGAUUGUACUUACUUUAUGGAUGUAGAGAAUUCGUCUCACUCGUUCAUUCAGCAUGUAAAUAAAAUUGAUCCUAUUGAGUUAUCCUAAUUGCAGUUCAGCUACUUUUCCCAUGGUUAUUUUCACAUUCAUUAUGUACAUUGGUGUACAUUGAAAAGUAUAGCAAUCUAUGUAAAUGUAAUCCUCGGUUAGGUUUCUCAGUGCUGGGUCCACUAGGAUUGUAUUUGCCCUUGUUAAUGAGGUUUUUCUGUUCAGUGGCUUCUUUUUUUUUUUUUCCUUUCUCCUUUUGUACAUUUAAUUUUGAAGAUCUGCUUCAAGUUUAAAUCUAGUGCUCUUGUAAGUCCACUUGAAUUUUCAGAGUUGAUUUCUACUUACAUGUAGUUUUAACUUUCGGGGAAUGUCUUAACAUCGACUGAGUACACUUGCUAGUAGGACCAGGCCACGGGACAGACUAUUGCAGUCAACAUGAUUUCAUUGCAAAGUCUAUUCCAAUCAGGAAGUUUCUGCUUUGCUAAAUGAAACUACUCAAUGAACACAAUUCUAUGGAAAUUUUGGAAAUGCCAUCUAAUUUAUAAAAAUCAAUAAAAGGUUUUGGUAAAACUUUUUUCAUGCCAGAUGCUGUUUACAACAAUGAACAUGCCAAUAAAAGAUUUGUUCAUUCUGUUGUGUUAUUUUAGUCAUUAAACACUUGUGGAUGGAGAAUCUGGGUUAAAAAAAGAUUUGUUUUCUUUAUAUCUAACAUUUGUAAUGUGUAUUGAAAAAUUAUCUCAUUUCUAUAUAAGGUAUAUUUAUAGUAAAGUUCUCAUAAGAGAAAUGAAAAGAUGUUGAUAUUUAACUUUUGGGGAUCCUAUUAAUAUUUCAAAAUUAGACUCAUCCUAUAUUCCUUUUAAGAAAGUUAUAAUUAGAAAAUAGUAUUAGCGGAUGUUGGCUCUGUGGUUUGCAUAUAAUAAUUGAGAAUCCCAUAAUGUCUUAAAGCCUCCUGGAAUCCGCCCAGGGGGUGGGGGAAAUCUUUUCUAAGGUAUUUUUCUGGCUAAUUUUUAUUCCAUGUAAAAUAUGUAGCAGUCUGCUAAUUGUGAUUCAGGUACUCUUGUGAGUCUGCAUUGGUAGCACUGGUGGUAUUCGCAAAGGAAAACUUGAAGCAGUUGUGGUAAAUUGUCUUUUGCAUCACUUGGAUUUUCUAAUGUAAUAUGACCGCUGUGUGAUUCUGCAUACUCGGGAUAUAGACACAGAUAAAUAGGGUUUCUACUUCCAAGGCCUGACUUCCCAUCUAGCAGAGGAGUCAGGCUUGUAAUCAAAAUGGACUUUGGGGUGUUUUGGUUUGGUUUGAGUUGGUUUGUUUGUUCCUCUACAAGUAAAUGAUAAAAUUCCUCCCACACCUACUCCUCAUUCUGUGCCUUCUGCCCUCUGGUUUAUUUUUGUUUGUUCUGUUUUUAACUGUUGCUUCUAAUUGCAGGCAUAUUGCAAAUACCAAGUAGAGAAAAUAUGUUUCAUAAAGAGGAGAACAAGUUAAAAGCCCCUUGCUUUUCAGUGCCUGAGCAAGUGAAAACACAAGGUUGCACUUUAUAUAUUUCAGUAAA